AUGGAGAAUGAGCAAGCACAUCAGAAAACCACCCAGUCUAAGACAGAAAGUCACGAUCAGACUUGUCCCGAUGUCUCUCGCUGGUACACGGCCCCCGUGAACGAUGACAGCUGUGGCGGAGAAUCGGGCUCCCACGAGGCUACAAUCGAAGAUCAAGGAUCACCAAGGCUCCUGGAUUUAUCAACUCUAGAAUCAAUAUAUGCGCGCGGAGUCUACUACCAGCAGCAAGGGGCUGUCACAGAGGCAAAGAAGAUGCUAUUGCGUGCAUCGAAGGCAUACGAGGAAAUAUUCGGACUACACGACAACAGGACCCUCGAUGCCCUUGAGUACCUUGGCACCACCUAUCGGCAGACGGGGAAAUUGCAGGAGGCUGAGUGUACAUAUAACCGCGUUCUGGAAGGUCGGACAGCCCUGUCAGGUCCAGAUCACCCGACAACACUGGUGGCGAUGAACCGACUAGGCGGGGUAUAUAGAUACCAAGGCAGACUAAAUGAGGCCGAGGAGAUCGCCAGAAAAGUAUGGAAAGCCUUCAAUGAAACCGAAGGACCUGAACACAUAUCGACAAUCAGAGCUUUCGUGUUGCUCGGGAAUAUUACGCUUAGACGAAAUGAUAUCACCAAGGCGGCCAAUAUCUACGCAGCUGCACUGGACCAUUGCAAGGUAGCACUUGGACCCGAUCACUCAUCCACGCAGACGGUAUCUAGCAACCUUGCGUCGGUUCGUAUUCGCCAAGAGAGGUACCCUGAAGCUGAGACAAUGCUCAUCGAGCUGGUGCAGCAGGUGGAGGAGUGUUACGGCCCAAAAAGUGUACGUGUCCUGCCACCACGACUGAAUUUGGCAAAUGUCUAUACGCGCCAGAAGAAAUAUGCCGAAGCACAGGAGACGCUUUAUACACUACUCGAGAGAUACAAAGAGACAUACGGGGAGGACCAUACGAAAACAGUCAAUAUCAUGCAACAACUGGCGUGGAAUAUGAAAAAACAGGGUAAUCUUGCCGAUGCUGGUGAGAUGCUGCAGAAUGCGCUCGCCUUGGCCGUGGGCGCCCGCGGAAAUCAGGAUCAAGUCUCUAUUGAUAUCAUGAUUGCUUUGGCCAAUGUCUUGAACCAGCAAGGUCAAUAUAUCGGCGCGCAGCGGAUCCACCACCAGCUAUAUGAAGCGUACCAGGCGAAGUUUGGCGAAAAUAACUAUCUAGCAAUCUCGUCGUUGAUUGACGAAGGGGAUAUGCUUAUCUACCAGACGAAAUAUACCGAGGCUGAGGCAAUCUACAAGGAAUCCACUCGACGGUGCGAAAUUGUGUUUGGCGCGGACGACGAGCGCACUAUAUACAGUCUAGUAUCCCAAUGCUAUGCAGCAUAUGGGCUGGGAAGGAUUCAUGACACUGAAUCUCACAUCUGUCGGCUGCUCAAGGAUCUCGAUGAAGGCUCACGACUCUGGAGCAAAAGAGCAGCCUGGCUAUUCUUUGAGAUGAGCAAAGGUCACUUGGCUAGAGGCGCGAUCAAGGAGGCAGAGCCUUUGGCAGUGAAAGCAGCUGAAAUAUCUCUCAAACUGCUCGGCCGUGGUGAUAACGAAACCAUACUGCUUGGUCUGAACCUGGACCGGGUGCGACGGCAGCUUUGGCAACAGCAGAAAGGUCUUCCUGUCGAAGACACAGUAUCGUUAACAUGUGACGAGACAACUGACUCAAUGAUCAGGAGAUUGGAGCUUUCACUGAUGAAGAGUCUAAUGCGCCCAAACCCAAGUCUCGCCAGGUCCCUCGGGCUGCUAGGCACGCUGUACAAUGCAAAGUGGAGCGAGGAUGGUGCCCUGCUUCACCUGGAAAUGGCCAUUGACAAGUUUGAACUGGCGAUUUUGAUUGGGGGAAAGGACGAUGGAGAUCGGCCGGAAUGGUUGCGUGCUCUGGGCAAAGCAUACAGAGCCAGGUUCCGAUACCAGGAUACACUGGAGGACCUGCGAAAGGCCAUAGAGCUUGCCGAAGCAGCCCUGGAAUUGAAGGUUGAGCCCGACGAAUCUCGUGCAGAAUACCUCGAGGAUCUCUGCCAGAAUCUGAUUGAUCUCCAUGAGCGCGCCUCGGGUCUGGAACAUCUCGAUAGGGCGAUUGAAGUCGGCUUGGAAGCAUUAUCCUUGACUCCACUAGAUCACCCCAAAAGAGGACUCUAUCUAGGCCGUCGCGCAUCGGAACUCUUGAUCCGCUACCAGGAGAUUGCAAAUCGCGACGACCUUGAGAAAGGCAUUGAACUAAUCACGGCAGCAUUGAUCUUGACACCCAAGUCUGAGUCGCAGUGGAGUAAUUUCUGUUCGAUUCAUGCAGACCUUUACAGGCAGCGAUUCAAACAAGAUGGCAAUAUAAAGGAUUUGGAAAAGGCGGUAGAUCAUGCCACAGUGGCUGUUCGCGAUGGACCGGCAGAUAGUCCACUCUUGUUGGAUUCGUUGGCACGGCAAUUGGAGUAUCGAUAUCAAGCACUUGGGAACAAGGAAGACCUCGACAAGUCAAUCGUGGCUGCAGAGAGAGCUCUCGAAGUAUGCGAGCCUGGCAGCAAAUACCGAGCGGACUAUCUCACAACACUGGGCAAUAUCCUACUGGAGCGGUUCGAUGCAACCGGGCAGCAAGAGGAUCUUAACCAUGCAAUUCUCCAUCUAGAGAACGCCCGUGAUAUACCGAAGACAAAUGCAGUUGCUGAAGCAAGAUGCCUGAGUGGAUUAGCUACCGCAUUUACAUUAUGCUACAAACGCACGGAUGACCACGCGAGUCUUGAAGCUGCUAUUCACAAUGAAAGACUGGCCCUCGAGACUCUUCCCGAUUGGUUUGAAGGAAAAUCUGAGGUGAUGAACAACAUGGCACUUCAUUUGACAGACAGGUUUCGAUGGACAAAAAUGGCCGACGAUAUCGAUGAAGCCGCGAAGUAUGCGGAGAUGGUCCUAACCCUGCGCCCUCCCAACCAUAUGUACUACGCAGGAAGCCUGAACAAUAUUUCCAAUAUCAUGGAGGCUAGAUUUUAUGAGUCAAAGGACUUGAAUGAUUUGAAUUCAGCAAUCGAGAAGGCUGAAGAUACAUUAUCAGCCACGCAAAUUGACCAUACCAGUCGUGCAGGGCGCCUUUUCAACCUCGGUGCCAAAUAUCAUGUCCGAUAUGGAAAAAGUAAUGACCCUCAGGACCUCCAACUUGCCGUGAAAAGUUUUAUAGACGGCUGGAGGAUCAUCAAUGGACCUCCAUUCCAUCGUGUGAUGGCUGGUUCUCAGGCCGCGCAUCGACUGAUGGGAUUGGGAAGACUAGAAGAAGCCACAACGAUCGCGAUGGAAGUCGUUGAUUUGCUUCCUCAAGUCACUAGCCGAUCACUCGGUAUCACCGACCAGCAAUACGUUGUCCGCAAAUUCUCUGGGAUGGCCGGGAACGCCUGUUCCCUCCUCUUGAGCGCUGGGCGACUGCACGAAGCAUUGGAAUAUCUCGAGCGAGGACGGACUGUCAUCCUCGAUCAGUUAAUGAGCAGUCGGAUGGAUUUCUCCGACCUCGAAUCCACAUAUCCGGAGCAUGCUGCAAGAUUUCGACAACUCCAGGACGAUAUCAAUAAUACAUUCGACAGGGCAGGCGCGGGAAUUAGCGAAUCGAAUUCCUUGGUUCAAAACCGUCUCGCAUCGGUUUUCAAGUUCAAUGAGUGCAUUGACGCAAUUCGUCUCUUGCCAGGACAUGAUCGUUUUCUUCUCGGGCCAACGAUUGAAACUAUGAAGUCGGGCGCAAAGGGAGGCCUGAUCGUUAUCGUCAUCAUCAGUUCCCUUCGCAGCGAUGCCAUCAUUAUUUCCGAGGAGGCAAUCGACAGUGUCGAACUUCCUGGACUAUCAUACUCGGAGACUGCCGAAUGGCUAGAGAAGGACCUGGAAGGGAGACCCAAGAAUCGCGCUGAUCGGAAAAUGCGGAACGAGCAAUACUCCGAUCUACUCCAUUGGCUCUGGGUGUCUGGUGUGAAGCCCAUCCUCGAUCAUACCGAAAUCCAACCUUCGUCAUCAGCAAGACUACCCAGAAUCUCCUGGAUAGGCUGCGGUAUGGCUAGUCUUUUGCCUUUCCACGCAGCUGGUGACCGCACGCCCGGCUCCAAUGAGCAUACCUUCUCGUACGCUAUCUCCUCAUAUUCACUAUCAAUCAAAACAAUGUUCCAGGCCAGAGCCAAGUCUAGAGAGGGCAUCCCUGGUGUGCAUCCGGCCUUGUUGAUGGUUGGAAUGCCCACCACCGACGGGCACGCAUCGCUACCUGGAGUCGAAGACGAGAUAGAAGAGAUCGCAGAGGUGGUUGAGCCUUCAUUUACCGUAAAGAGUCUACUACAUCCACAGCCUUCGCUAGUGAUGUCUGAUCUUGCUUCCUAUGACAUGAUCCACUUUGCAUGUCACGCAGUGUCCGACACCAAAAGUCCCCUGAACGGUCAUCUUUUACUGCAGGGGGACACUUCAAACAGAUCUUCAAGCAAACAAUGUAGUCCGCUAACAGUCGAGACGAUCGUCAAAAUGGAUCUCAAACGUGCGCGCAUAGCGUAUCUCUCCGCAUGUUCAACGGCGGAAAACAAAGGGAAGAAACUCUUAGACGAGGCUAUCCAUCUUGCCAGUGGUUUUCAGGUCGCUGGGUUUGCUCACGUUCUGGGUACCAUGUGGCCGGCGGCUGACUCAAUUAGCCGUGAUGUUGCCGUUGGCUUCUAUGGAAAUCUAGCUUCGCUCCUGUUGAAACCGGGCGUAGAUAUCGAUUGCGCGGUUGCAGAAGCGUUUCAUUUCGCGGUCAAUGAUGUUCGUACCGAAUGGGAGGAUCAACCUCUCUAUUGGGCGCAGUUUGUUCAUUUUGGGAGUUAA